CUGUUUUAUGGACAAGGGGCGGGAACAACAACAACAACAACUGUACUUUCGAGAGGCUGCUGCCUGUUUACUGUUAACGUACUGUAUGUUUUUCGCUAGUAAACCGUGAUAUUAACAACGAAAACAAGUUUCACCAAAGCACAUCAGACGUCUUCCGUCUCUGCAUCUGCCGGCGAGGAGAUGACGGAGGAGCAGAAGGGAAGCUGCGAGGAAAUGAGCUUCAGGCUGCACAUGGUCACCUGGAACGUGGCAACGUCUGAUCCUCCGGAGGACUUCACGCUGCUUCUCCAUCUGAACUCCCCGAAGAGGCCCGACCUCUACGUCAUCGGCCUGCAGGAGGUUUCCUCCCGGCCGCUGAGGUUUGUGUCCGACAGCGUGUUCGAUGAUCCGUGGAGUAAAAAGCUCAUGGAAACAUUGUCGCCACGGCGAUACGUCAAGUUGACGUCCAUCAGGAUGCAGGGUCUGCUGCUGCUCGUCUUCUCCAAACUGAAGCACGUCCCGUUCAUCAGAGACAUCCAGACCACCUACACGCGCACCGGCGUCUUCGGCUACUGGGGCAACAAAGGCGGCGUGUCGGCGCGCCUGUCCGUCUACGGCCACAUGCUGUGUUUCCUCAACUGCCACCUGGCGGCUCACAUGGACUUCGCCUCGCAGAGAGUGGACGAGCUCGAGUACAUCGUGGACACGCAGACGUUCCACCGCCAAAAGGCCCCAAAGAUCGACGACCACCGUCUGACGUUCUGGUUCGGAGAUCUCAACUUCAGAAUCCAGGACCACGGGAUGCACUUUGUCCGCUCGUGCAUCAAGGAUCGGACCUACGACCUCCUGUGGAGCAAAGACCAGCUCACCAUGAUGAAGAGGAGCGAGCAGAUCCUCCAGCAGUUUGAGGAAGGGCCUUUGGACUUCCCCCCCACCUACAAGUUUGACCCAAACUCCGACACCUAUGACAGCAGGCUCUACAGGACUUGGUUUGGCUUUACCGGAAAGAAGCGGAAACCCGCCUGGACCGACCGGAUUCUGUGGCGCCUCCGAAACGAGGCCCCGCCCUCCGACGGGCCAGGUGAGGAGAAGGUUAGGAGCGCCGAGGAGGAGCAGGAGGAGGAGGAGGAGGAGGAGGAGGAGGAGGAGGAGGAGGAGUACCCGCUGAGGAUCAGGCAGGACAUGUACACCAGCUACAUGGAGUACGUCAACAGCGACCACAAGCCCGUCAUCGGCAUCUUCACGCUGGAGCUGAGGAAGAAAUACGAAGCUCCUCUGGUGAGUCUGCAGCCGGAGGGCGACUGGAGCACCGACAUGGACGCCAUGGUCCUCUACCGGCCCCUGCAGCCCUUCCCCUCCAGCGCCUGGGACUGGAUCGGACUCUACAAGGUCGGCUUCAGCAGUGUGUCGGACUACAUCACCUACACGUGGGUCAGCGACGACCAGGUGGCCUCCAACGAAGAAGUCAUACAGGUGUACGUAAGUAAAGAGGAAAUCCCCGUGCGUGGCGCCGAGUGUGUGCUGUGUUAUUACAGUCACACUCUGCAGAGCAUCAUCGGAGUCAGUGAGGCGUUCAAGGUCCACGAGUCAAAGGUCGCCAACGAGGAGGGUUUUUUCCACGAGAAGAUUGGCGCCCUGGAGCUCGCCGUGUUCAAAGACGACCUCUAGAACCUGUUCGAUGGAAGCGAUGUAUUUGGGUUCUGGUGGUCCGAGGCUUUUAAAUACUGUGUUUUCCUAUCAGGAAGCGCUGCUUGUUGCUGCUGCUGUUGGGCUGAUUUCUUACAAAUGUGGAGUCUGAAGGUUCUGUGGGAACGAGCGAUCCUUCAUCAACUGAGUGACACGUGUUUCUCAGUACAAUGGAAACUCUAAUUAUUUAAUUAUUUAAAUGAUAAAAGAAUCCCACAUGGAACGAGUUGCAGCUUUGUGUCCCGGACUGAAGCCUCAGUAAGGGACGAGUUAUUAUUUACCCUGAUGUUCAUUUGCUAUGUUCAAUAGACCAUAGAGCAGGGUGUGCUUUAGGGCGGGGCUUACUGUGAUUGACAGGUCUCUGACCCCUCCGCGGUCCACACAUGGUAAAAAAAAAAAACAACAACAACAUGGCGACGCAUAAAAUGCCGACCUCAAGCUUCAAAACAUCUGUUCUCUAACCAAUGCGCGACUCCAGAUGUGCGUUUGUUUACAGAGGAGUUGGAGGUAAAAGCUCGAUCGCGUCGAGGCUUCUGCUCCGUGCGAUCAGUCGUUUCUCAACUUUGAAUAUUGCAAAUAUCACACAGGAAAAAGGGAACCGAGCUGAAGCUCGUUGGCCCGUUGAUGUGCAGCCGAUCGACAUCUUAAUGUCCCCUGGAAGCUUCAACGCGCCGAACCGUCUCACGGCGGCUGCUGUUCGGAGGAAAGUUACGGCUCUUUCUUGCGCUGCGUUUGCAGACUUUCAGCCCACCAGCGUUUUCUUUUUGAAGUCGACCGUUGCAGGAUAUUAACGAAUGAAUAUUACGGCUGGACAAACUUUCUUCUCUGCUGUUCUUUUAGAAUAUUCACACUGCUGCUUUAGGAGGAGGGGAUUCGACUGUUACUUUUGGAGAGGAUUAUUGUUAUUUUGAACAAAUACAUCAUUCAUUCCCUUUAAUUCCCAUUUGAGGAAUCGCACAGAUGCACAGUUUGUUGUUAAUUGAUGUUUAAAGGUUUAUCUUUGGUGUAAACUAAAGGAAUAUAAAUAAGCAUCUUUCAGAGAACAACAUGAAUUCAGCAAGUGCCUUUUGAAAUGAUUGUAGCUUUAUUGUGGCUCCAACACGGAAAAAACACCAGAUUAUUUAUCAGAAAUCUUCCUGUUCCUGUUGAUCAUAAAUAUUGCUGUUGUAAACUUUCAGUUGAAUGUUAAUGUUACUGGCUGGCUGGAAUCAGUUAUUGUCCAAUUUGUCAUUUUCCGUUGAAUGUUUUCUACUAAUAACAUUUUCUGAAACACAAAUUAAGUGCAACGUACUGUAAGAGAAUAUAUGCAAAUAUUAAAUAAUUCUCACUUGA